AUGGCCAAUCUUCUUAGCUUUGCUUUAGAAGAAGAGCAAGGUACUGCUCAGCUUCUGGCACAAGUAAUUGCAACCCAAAAUCGUCAGCAACACCAGGCAAAACAGCUGAGGGAUAGAUUGAGGGGGAUGCGUGCUCACCAGCAAACCCAGUACACUCAGGAAGGGGUUGCGUACAAUCAACAAGCUCGCGCGCCGGUGUCUUUGGUUCGGGACCGUCUCCAGUGGAUGGCGAAGCUCCGCGUUGGGCUUGAGGGGAAUAUUGCAAACGACGCGGUCUUUGCCUACGGACCAUUACAGCGUCUUUGCUACUUGGCUCUCCAGGAACUUGAUCACGAAGAAGGCGAGGGCGAGGAGGAGGCUACCAAUGAUAACCCCGGAGUAGUCCACGUUCAUAACAAUCGACAUAACUCACAUCAAAGUAAUCAUCCUCCGCUUGGGGCGGGCCGCAUUCGGCCCACUGGUCGUGCUAUUCGUCGACGCAUACCCUACACGAUCUCUAGUCAACCUCGCCAGAAUAAUUUUUUUGACAUGGCACUGGACUUGCCUGAGCACGACUUUCGCAUUGUAUUCAGAAUGUCUAAAAGAACGUUUUGGUCGUUAGUGGAUUUAAUUCGACCCAAUGAAGUGUUCGCGGACCAUGGUGGGCGCAAGCAACGUCCGGUAUUCCAUCAACUGGGGGCGUUUCUCAUUCGCUUUGGUUCCAUGGGUUCACGAGGAGAUUUUACGGCGUUACUUACCUCGGUUGGGAAAGGCUCAGUCCCAAUUUACUGCGAACGAGUGACAUAUGCAAUUCGGAUUUUUGGAUUGUCGUGUGUCGGAUGGCCAAGUGCCGAACGUAAAGAAGAGAUCAAACUCGCUUUUCGGGAGACCUGUGGGUUGAACGGGAUCAUUGGUAUAUUAGAUGGUUCGUUGAUUGACUUGGCAAAGCGCCCUGCUGGGUCCAAAGAGGCAUUCCGAUCUAGAAAAGGAACGAUUGCGACAAAUAUACAAGCCAUUGUAGACCACGAGGGAAGGUUUAUUGCUUAUGAGACUGGAUUCCCUGGGUCAAAGAACGACUCUUACAUAUGGAAGCAGUCGUUUGUUUGGAGUCAUCGCCACGCGCACUUCAGCAACGGCAAAUUUCUACUGGCAGAUGGAGGAUAUCCACUCAGUUGGUUUGUGCUCACCCCGUUUGCUCGUAACGAGCGACAAGGGGAUGAUUGUGCGCGUAAAAUACAGUUUAAUUGCCAAAUUUCCAGGGCGCGUGUGCUAGUCGAACAUACCUUUGGUCAACUCAAAUCCCGAUUUCCGUCCUUGGUUAUGAUGGGGGAAAUCGGAGACCUGGAGAUGCUUUACCAUACAAUUGAGGCAUUGAUGGUUCUUCAUAACAUCUGCUAUGACCUACACAAUACCGUUAGUGGAGAGGCAGAUGCUUUUAUAGAGGCGGGAGGUAAUUACGAUUGGGUGGACCACGAGAGUGAUCUUGAUGCAGGCCCGGGAGCAAAUAUCAACAAACACGUUCUUGUCGAAGGGCGGGCGUUCCGUGCUCGGUGUAUGGAUCAGAUCUGUCCGCCGUAA